AGUGCUGCCACCUCUUUAGUGUUUAUUUGUAAAGGGGGGUCUUUGGAGUGUCUCCUACACUGUUAUCCCUAGGUUAGCACUGCAUCCUUGUCCCUGACACGGUCACACUUUCCUGGGCUGUGCCCAGUGCCCUGUGGAGAGGCUGCAGCUGUGCCCACCACCCCCAGAAUGGAAGCAGCCUCCCCUUGGGGUGCUGCUUGGUCACACACCACCCUCCUACGCCUGUUCUGGGGCUGUAGGCUGGUGCAGCAUUAUUCUUAAACGUGUUUUUAGGCUUGAGUUAACCUUUCUUUUCCUCCCUCCUUUCUGGCCCCACUGUGCUUUGAAAGGAGCAGGAGUUUCUAAGGGGCUUUCCCCUAAAUGGGUGAGUGGGUGAGACCUCUGCUCAUAGGCACAUUUUUGUGUCACCUGUGAUCCUGCCUAUCUGUACUGCCAUCUCAGUGACCUGAGGCCCUUCAUGGAAGGGAGGAUAAUAACACAAACAGUCUUGGGUAUGAGGUUUAAUAAGGUCCAGGUGCUGCAUCAGGGUCAGUCCAGGCUGGGAAUGAAGAGCUGGAGAACAGCCCUGGGAGAAGGACUUGGCCAUGAGUUGCUCUGGUCACUUGUGUUGGACUCAGAACCCCCAGAGCCCUGGGCUGAGCCCCCAGUGUGGGCAGCAGGGGAGGGAGGAUUCUGCCCCUCUGCCCUGCACAGAGACCUCACCUGCAGAGCUGCCUCCAGCCCUGGGGUCCAGCACAGGAAGGACAUGAAGUGUUGGAGGAGACCACAAAGAUGAUCAGAGGGAUGGAGCAGCUCUGCUGUGAGGAAAGGCUGAGAUUUGGGAUUGUUCAGGCUGGAAAAGAGAAGGUUUGGUGUGACUUUAAUGUGGCCUUCUGAAGGGAGCCUGCAGAAGGAUGGAGGGAAACUGUUUUCAAGGGCCUGGCAUGACAAGACAAUACAAGGGGGAAGGACUUCACCCUGACAGUAGAUUUGGAUGGGAUAUUAGGAAGAAAUUCUUCCCUGUGAGGGUGGGGAGGGCUGGCACAGGGUGCCCAGAGCAGCUGUGGCUGCCCCAUCCCUGGAAGUGUCCCAGGCCAGGUUGGACAGGGCUUGGAGCAGCCUGGGACAGUGGAAAAGUGUCCCUGCCCAUGCCAGGGAGUGGAACAGGAUGAGCUUUAAGGCCUCUUCCUACCCAAACCAUUCUGGGAUUCUGUAAACCUGGAAGGUUGAGAACCUCUGUAAGGGAGAAUAUUUUGAAUUGUUUUGCCAGGAGUGGUUCAACCCAAAUCGUGUUGUAGCUGUAGAUUAUGGCUUUAAGGCAGAAAGUUCACCUGUGGUCCCUGUGAGAGCCCCAUCCUCACCUCUGUCCCAGUCCUUGCUGCUGCAGUCACAAACAGCUCCUUGGAAGGAAGUUGUGUCUGGGAAUCAAGGGGAAGGCUCAGCUUCCCCUGCUCAUGUGUGUCCUUGUUUACCCUGAGCAGGGGCUGUGAGGCUGCACUGCUCACAGUCACCUGCCUUUGAGGGUUAUAAAAACCUCCAUGCUCACUUCUCAGAAGUGUUUUCAGUGAUCUGAGCAUCAAAACAGUGAAUUAUUGGGGUCAGGAACUGUGGGUUAAUGUGUAGCCAAAGCUGCUUGUGAGAGUUAUUAUCCUCCAGACUGGAUUUCCAUGUGCCUUUAUUAUUAUUCUCUUUAGGAAAGCAGUCACCUUUUGCUAAAAUAAAUACACUGUUUAGAGCAUAACUCUGUAUUUACAUCACUAACAAAUGCUCUUCUGCAAAGCAGCCUGUACAACAGCUGUCUUUAUUUUCCAUAAUAACAUCCGUGUUCUGAUAUUACAGCUGAAAUAUAACAGUUUAUGUAAACCAAAUGAAGUGUUCAGACAACUGUGUCUAGACUUAUUUCAGCUUAUCUUAAAGCAGUUAGGGACAGGUUAAAGUAAGUUCUGCUGUCAUGGAAAUAGGUGUGUGCUGAUUUAUUAGGGUUCAUUUCAAGACAGACUAAUUUGCAGCACAUGAAAUGCUUCUUAAUAUCUUUUGAUGCUGUCUUCUGCUGCCAGAAUUAAAGGGGAUGAGUUUUGUGUUUGAUUUGGGCUUGAAAGGAAUGAUCUUUCUGGUAGGAGUUCAUUAAAUCAUUUUCUUUUGGGGGAGCUUUCUGUUUUGUAGUUUCUCUCUAUAAAUGAGUAGAGUUUAGUGAACUCAGUCAAGCUGCAGGGGCAGCUGGAAGAAGCUGUAGAUGAAAGAACCAACCUGAUUAUUUCUGUCCUUCUUAACAAUGGUGUCUGGUCCCAGUGUCCCCUCCGGUUCCACCAUGACAGUCGGGUAGAGCUGCUGCACCAUCUUUGCCAAGCUCUUCUCUUAGGAAACGCCACCAACUCCUCACAGCACGGAGGCCCAGCAUGAAUGGGAACUGUGCUGGGGGCACAGGCUGGGUGAGAAAUCUGGAGUCCAGUUGUCCUGUGGAAAACAGAAGUGUAGCAGCCCAUGAGGCAGAAGAAAGUUCUGUGGUGUUAGGAGGUCACAGCCCUGCAGUUCCCAGGACUGAGGGUUUGGAUUCUGAAUGCCGACACAGCACCUGCCCAGUAAGUCCCCAGAUCAGUGGCAUGCUGUCUGCACCUGAAGAGCCUCACAACUGCCAUAUCCCAGAUGGGAAUAAGAGACAGCUGGAAUAUUUCAGUAGCCAGGAACGCCAUGGGUCAUGUGCAUUGUCUUCAAGCAGCAGUUCCCAGACAGUAGCUCCAGAGAAAGUGACCCUGGUGGUGGAUGGCACCCGCUUUGCAGUGAACCCCCAGAUCUUCACUGCUCACCCUGACACCAUGCUGGGAAGAAUGUUUGGGCCAGGCAGAGAAUACAAUUUCACGCGGCCAAACGAGAAGGGCGAGUACGAGAUCGCAGAAGGGAUCAGCUCGGCCGUGUUCCGCACCGUGCUGGAUUAUUACAAAACCGGAAUCAUUAACUGCCCUGAUGGGAUUUCCAUCCCAGACCUUCGAGACACAUGUGAUUACCUCUGCAUAAACUUUGAUUUCAACACAAUCAAAUGUCAAGAUUUAAGUGCUCUGUUACACGAGCUCUCCAAUGAUGGGGCUCACAAGCAGUUUGACAGCUACCUGGAGGAGCUGAUCCUGCCCAUCAUGGUGGACAGCGCCAGGAAGGGGGAGCGCGAGUGUCACAUCGUGGUGCUGACCGACGAGGACACCGUGGAUUGGGAUGAGGAUCACCCACCUCCCAUGGGAGAGGAGUACUCACAAAUCCUUUACAGUUCCAAGCUGUACAGAUUCUUCAAGUACAUCGAGAACCGGGACGUGGCCAAGGCCGUGCUGAAGGAGCGGGGCCUGAAGAACAUUCGCAUUGGCAUCGAAGGGUAUCCCACCUGCAAGGAGAAGGUGAAGAGGAGGCCUGGUGGCCGCUCUGAGGUGAUCUACAACUACGUGCAGCGGCCGUUCAUCCAGAUGUCCUGGGAGAAGGAGGAGGGCAAGAGCCGCCACGUGGAUUUCCAGUGCGUCCGCAGCAAGUCCCUGACAAACCUGGUCACGGUGGGGGACGAUGUUUCAGAGGACCACGAGGUGAUAAUGCAUCACCCCCCACAAGUGGAUGAGCUGGACAGGCUGAACGCCCCCUUCUCCCAGAUGGUUGUGAACGAUCUGCCGGAUUAGUGUGGCUGGGGUGGAGAGUCCUGCUGGGUUUGGUUUCAUCCCAGCUGAUGGCACACAGACUCCUGCAAGGUGCUUUAUCCUCCUUCGUGCUCUUACUACCUUGUCAUAUUUCAAGCAUGUUAAUAAAGAGCCACACUCCAUAGUCUUAAUUGUGCAAUCAAAAGCAACAUCUCCUCAGACAAAAAGAAAUGACCUGUUGUUCUACUACAAAGGCUUCUGGAUUGUGGGUGCUGAAUAUUUUAUCCAAACUUCUGAAAGAAGAGCACAAGUGUGUUGGAACGUCUUGUUUGACAUGAGAGAGGAAAUUCUGAGCCUGUCAAGACAAAGCUUUCCUUUACAAUUUUAGGCACAGCUUUGUUUUUGUGAGUUACAGAGGAGUGAACAUCAAAGCAGGACAGAUGAUAUUCUCCAUCAACCAGCAGAAAUGUAGCACAGUGUGACAGCAGAACCCUGAGCGUGGAGGAAUCUGCACUGCCACCUGGCUUUGGAUGCAGCCUGGUGUACUGCUGCCCUGGGGAAGGAGGAAGCAGCUCCAUAGGAAGCACAUGCCUGUUCACAGGAAUUCCCCAUCUGUACUUCUCCAUGAGAUGGAGUCAUUGUUUGUAAGGAUGUUUUCUGUUAAAUUCAGUAAAAUUAGUUGAUCGUGCUGAAGGAAAACCCAAAAGAGACUGCAGCUGAUAUUUUACCAAUUAAAUAAAUCUGUUAAUAGCCAGAUAGAUUUAAGAAGCUUUCUAGAGGUGACUGUGCAUGCUGAAGACUUUGACCUGUCUUCUCCAUCCUCCUGAUAAGACAAUAAAGCCAGUGGAGGAGCUCCCAGUUUACCACCUGAGUAAAAUCCUUAGUCUCAUCAACCUUAGUCAGAAUUGCUGUAGACUCUCCAAGGAGCUGCUGCUGCAGCUUUAAAAAGCCAGCUACAUCCUUCCCAAUUUGGAACUGACUGGGCCAUUUUGCUAUCAGGCAGGUAAGAAAUACCAAUAGUAAACCAGCCCUCAGUAGAGAAAAAAUGCAUCUGGGAACAACUCUCCUUUACUUCUCUGAGUGUAUUGUCCUGAUUUGGAAAUUUGGGUUCAGGGCCAACAGAGUUGUGACUGUAAGAACAGGCACACUCCAGGCUGGUUUAGCUCAGGUGGAUUGGAGUAAAAAAAUUUACUGGUCCUGUUCCUGCAGCACUGAGUUCCCUGUGGGAAUUCCCUGUAGGAACUGGCUUAACCCCUGAUGAGCACACAGUGAGUUCUGCACUGUCCCAGCUGAGCUGAGGGCACCAGAACAGGGCUGCCUCACAAAGCCAUCCCUUCUGAUGGCUCUGUAAAGUCUCUGUGUUCCCAAACCAGAGUUUUUAAACAUGGUGCUGGUGCAAAGAAAGGCUGAAACCUUUCAAGAAGAAGGAGAAGGACAGAGCUCCUCACAAAGCUGGACAGGUCAGUGUUGCUCUGGCAAAGGUGUUGAAACCUGGGUUGUGUGGGUGUUGAGUUACCUGGUCAGACUUGGCAAAACUGAGGUGUGGGUAUUGUCUGGCCCUAGAAAGUUUAAUCCUUUUUUUGCAACAUCAAGCAAAUUUGUAUUUUUCCCCUCCUGACCACCAAGAGCACGAUGGAUUGAGCAGUGAAGUUUGCUGCUGGUUGCUGCUGAGGUGUUUGUGGUUUUCAGUGCAAGUAACAUUAACAAAAUCAAGCAGAAAUUUUUAGUUGUAACAAAUCUCUGCCAAGGAUCGUUUUAGUUUCCAUUAGUACGGAUACAAGUUACAUUCUUUCAGUUUUUCUGUUCUUUGCUUCUUUCCCGAGUGCAGCAAAUAGAUUCUUCUAAAAAGAAGUGCCUAUGGGAAGAUUUCAGGACCUCCUAAGAGUCCCAGGUGUUCAGAUGCCCGAAUUCCACUUGACUACUUUUGCAAACUCUUCCCUGUGUGUCCCUGGGUCAGUAGAGAGAAGUGUCCUUUGGUGCCUGCACAGAGCUGGGGUGAUGUGCAGACACUCCAUUUCUGCUCCAGAUGAAUUUAUGUGGUAGAGAGAGGAAGACACAUGGACCAUGAACCUCCAGCAGGGGCCAGACCAGCCCCACUCUUGCCGUGGUGCUGAGCUGUUCCUCAGCACAAACAGGGGCACUGUGAGCCCAGCAGUGGAGGGGCUUCUCCCUAGGAACCUGUCCACUGCCUAGGGGCACUGGUGGCCCCCAGGCUCUGUGAUUAUGUUUGCCAGGGUGUGUUUAUUUCCCCAGCAGUGUCAGGUUUAAGUAAAGGAGUGUUGGCAUUGCCCAGCUGAGCUGGAAUUGGAGGUUCCACACGUUCUGCUCUAAGGACUGAAGUGUGUGUGGGUGUUGUUCAGAGCUCCUCCUCAGGACUGUGUCAGGGCAUCAGGUGCUGAGAUUUGCACCUCAACAGCAUCUUUUGGGAUCUGACAGCUGAAGUACCAUGUCCAGCCAAACCAAACCCCACCCAGUGUGUCCCUGAGCCCAGGGUCAGCUCAGCCUCUGGAAGGAUGCAGGAAGUUUAUUAAACAGCACCAGGCCCUUUUGGGAGUUACAGACUGUCAGUUCUCUAGGAGCUUGUGGUUCCCUGUGAGAUCAACUGCAGCUUCAGCAUGGGAUGGACAUUACCCAGCUCCCAUGAUUUCCACUUACCUACUGUAGUUUAUUGGCUUUCCCAAGUAAUUAUUAAUUUUGGAUUUUAAUUUUUGUUAGUAGAGUGAGUUCCAUUGGAACACUAAAUCAGAUUUUAAAAGUGUUUGCUUUUCCUCCUCUCACAGUCACCUACUUCAAGUACAAGGUCAACUUUUGUCUUACUCUAGAUGUACUGAAGUGCUCCUGUGCUGUGUAUGAACCCCAGAUGUAUGGUUUCUUUUCUGUAUUAAAGUAUAAAUUAUAUGUGA